GUCUUUAUGACUGCGAGAAAUUCAACUGAUACCUCAAGAGUAACAGACAGCACGAUUAACAAUGUUGUUGCUGAUUACACUAUUAAUACUUAAUGUUUGGGCCAUACCAGCAGAAGAUGUACUUACACCAAACAUAAACAUCCUCACUGAACUGGGGAAGAUAACUUCCAUGGAGAAAAGAAUGAAAUUAAUGGAGAAUGAAAUUGAGCAACUACGGGAAGAGAACAAAGCUCAGAUAAAAGACCUGAAGACCUUUUAUGGUGUAACAAAUGACACAAAGAUCAAAAUGGAUGAACUAAUCAAGCAGAAUGAAGCUUCAAAAGUGGCAUUCUCAGCUUCUCUGCUGACCUCUUAUGGACCGCAAAGUGUUGGACCCUUUCAAGAUGGUUUAUACACCCUGAUUUACAAACACAUCUUCCUCAAUACUGGGAAUGCCUAUAAUCCAAACACAGGAAUCUUUACAGCACCUAUAAGGGGAGUUUAUGUAUUUACGGUCUUCUCUAAGGCCUUUGGAAAUCGUGAGAAAGCUGUUACUGCAGGACUGUUUAAAAAUAGCCAGCAUAUCAUUUCUACACAUGCAUACCAACAAAGUGGUUUUAUCAGCUCUUCAAAUGGAGUUUCUCUACUGCUAGAAGUAGGGGAUAAAAUAAAAGUAAAUCUCUAUGCUGGACAAUGGAUUUUUGACAAUGGUGAACACCACCACAGCACUUUUAGUGGACACCUCCUUUUCCCCAUGUGAUUAAAAUGUGCAGAAAGUUUAAUAAAAACUGUCCUUUUAACUUAAUAAACAGAACUUAAUAGACAGUAAUCACAAAAGCUUGAUUAUGUAUUAUCUUUUACAUAAGUCACUACAGAAUCACACGAUUUUCAUAUUCAUAUCAUACAUUUCAAAAUCAGCCCAUAUCAGCCUAUACAUUAUGGCUUAUAGUAUUAAUUGUAUUAAUGUAAAAAUUAUUCCAUGCAUGUACCAAACAAAUGACUGUGCAGAAGGCAACUUGGUAAUUGAUAUAAGAAAAAUUAAAGAGUAUGAGUGUAUCGACUACAA